UUAUAUACUUGUUUCUAGGAACGAAUAUCCUUUUUUUAUUAAGCUUCUUAUCUUUUAAAGUAACAUAAAUAAUUAAUGUUUUUUAUCGUACAAAAAAAAAAAAAAAGAAACUAGCAGUUUAACGGUAUUUUGAACACGUAUUCUUGAUUUCGUCAUAUACUGGAACUCCAUUACAUUUCAAUCUAUGAAGACAGUUAAUUUUUAACGACUAUCGGAUAAAGAAUCUUAACAUUAUAGACGAUUUGAAAUUAUACGGAAAUAUGUUAUUUAUAACAGCUUCGAUGUGCGCGUUUCUUUUUAGUUGGCUAUAUUAUUAUAAAUUUCGAAUAAAUCUAAGCUUUUUAUUAACGACUUGUUAUUAUAACAUAAUAUACUCCGCAAUAGCUAUUCAAGACGUAAUUAACGACAAAAUUAAUGCCAAAAAUAAUAAAACAGAUUUGUUACCAAUGCCUGAAAAAAUCGUUAUUGUAACGGGUGGUUCUAGAGGAAUUGGUGCUAUAGUUACAAAAAUGUUGCUACAAUGUCACAUGGAAGUAAUAAUUGCCUGUCGAACACCUGCUGCUGGAGAGAAAUUAAUUUCCCAAAUCAGAAAAUCUGGUAUUACUUCAGGAAAAGCAAGAGUUUACAAACUUGACAAUGCUUCGUUGGAAUCUGUAAAAGAAUUUGUCAAUCAAAUUAAACUUAAUUAUAACAAAAUACACAUUUUAAUAAAUAAUGCUGGUGUAAUGUUUACUCCGUCUGAAAAAACGAAGGAUGGUUUUGAACAGCAAUGGAGUGUAAAUUAUUUGGCACACUUUUAUUUGACAGCAUUAUUAUUACCUCUACUGAAAGCUGGCAGUCAUCCACAAGAAAACAGUAGAGUUAUUAAUGUUUCUUCUUGUGCUCAUUAUGUUGGACAUAUGCAAUUCGAUGACAUAAAUUUUAAAAAAAAUUUCAAUACAUAUGCAAUGUAUGGGCAAAGUAAAUUAGCUCAAGUAAUAUCUACAAAACAUUUACAAAAUCUUUUUAAAAAGAAGCAACUGGGAAUUCAAAUAUAUGCGGUACAUCCAGGAAUUGUUGAUACAGAUUUAUUUCAACAUUCUUUUGUAUAUAAAAUAAAAUUUUUAAGUAAAUAUAUAAUAAAGAGUCCUGAACAAGGAGCUAUGGUAAUAAUCUAUGCAGCUACAAACGAUAAAAUUAAAGAACAUGGUGGUAUUUAUAUUAAUAAUUGUAAAGAAACAAAAGUAAAUCCUAUAGCUUUUGAUAAAUCUGUUCAAGAAAAAUUAUUCCAUCUAUCUCUUGAACAAGUGCAAUUGAAAGAUUUUUUUCAAUACAUUGAUAUUUAAUAUUGUUGUAUUUUUAUAUUAUUGUAUUUUUAUAAAUACAACAUUAUAAAUACAACAUAUAAAUAUUAUGUAACAUUUAAUAUCAUAAUAUGCAAUAAUAUAUAACAUUAUUAUUAUUAUUAUUACUGUAACAUUUUUAUAAUUAAAAAAAAAUUAAAAAAAUGAAAAAAAGAUUAAAUUUUAUCUGACUUCACACACACUAUACUACUACAAUAUAACAUGAGAAUAUUAAAUCUUACUGUUUAUUAUUUUAUAAAUGCAA